AUUGUCGCUACAGAUAUUCUAUAAAUAUUGAUGGUCGCGAAUAUUUGAACACAAUUGUUUGAUGAAAAUGGCGCUUUUCACAUUAAUUUUCGUCGCUCUUGCGGCUUUUCACGUGGAAGGGAUAUUGCAUCAGUCCAUUAGCGAGAUUACGCCCCCAGUUACCGUAGUCGAAUCGCUUUUCGUAGACGACGAGGAAGGAGUCAUAUAUUACGUUGACGUCAUCAGCAGUAAAGUCUACAAGCAUUCUUACCACACCGGAAAGACGACUUCGACUAAAAUCCCAACUGAGUCGGUGGGAGCGGCCAUACCAAUCCACGGAGCGAAACACCACUUCCUGGUGGCGGCCGACCAUCACCUGGGCAUACUCAAGUGGGAUGGAGAAAACGAUUCCGGCAACAUCACAAAACUGAAGACCGACUUGAAAUUGCACAAACACGAGAAACUCUUCCAUGGCAAAGCUGACCCGGAGGGAAGACUUUGGAUAGGAACAAUUCGAGUCGAAGACAAAAACGGGGGGCACAUUGUCGAACGAGGUGGGUCUUUGUACUCUAUAACGGUACACAAAGACCACUCUGUGAAGGUGGAAAAGAAACUUAAUCACGUCACUAUAGUAACGGGAUUGGGUUGGACCCACGACAACAAAUCGCUGUACUUCGUGGACUCUCCAACAAGAAAAAUUUUGAAAUACCAUUUCGACCCUGAAAAAGGGAGUUUAGGGAAAAGUGAGGUGUUUUUCGAUCUGGAUCACCACUCCAAGUAUCGCGGCUUACCUCACGGCAUCACUCUGAAGUACAACGACAACGUCAUACUCGCCUUGUGGGAAGGAAGCACUCUUCUUCAUAUCGAUGCAAGAAAUCACACGGUCAUCGAAAGAGUGCAUUUACCAGUAUCUCAUCCUACGUCGCUGGCGUGGGGAAAAGGGGUCGUACCAAACACGAUAUACAUUGGAACAGGCAGACUCACUCUCACGGAGGAGGAACUGAACCACAAUCCUUUUAAUUCGGGGUCCGUGUUCACGCUCGACAAGAUGGCCUGCGUCGGUUUGCCCUCGCUCAAGAUUCAACUUGCCGAUUGAUUUUGCAGAAUUAUUGAAAAAUAAACGUCCCCGUUGGAGUAGAGUAA